UCUUAUCUAAUUUUGAGUUUUAGCCUGUAAAUGGUGAAUACCCAAAUAUAAUAUUUAAGCCCUAACCCUAAUCAUAUUUCAAUUUUCUUCUCCUCUAAUGGAUUUUUGUUAAAUAAGCCUGAUUGGUUUCAAAUUAAAACCCUAAAAUUUUUGAAAAACAAAUGGAAGGAUUGCAGAACUUUGUCAGUAAAAUUUCAAAAACCGCUAAAUCAGCCGCUUCUUCAUUAUCGGACAGCCCGUAUAAUUCCAGUGGUAUUGGGCGUCAUGGAGAAUUAUCUACCGCUUUGUCAUCUUCUGAUCAGAAUCGUCUUUUGGUCUCCAGAGCUCCCAGACAAGUGGUGUCACUGUGGACUUGUUCAAAGCUCUGCACAUUUUUCUUUGUUGCCGGAGUUGUUGUUGGUUACACACUGAAGCGACGUGUUCGACGCUGGGCUUCCAAAAUUUUGAAGAGGUUGAAAGAUGAUUGAUGCCUGCUAGACAGUUGCUGCUAGACAAGAUGUUGAAAUUUAGUGUUGCCUUUACCAUUUUGACGUGUACUUGAAGAAUUUUCCAGCAGGUAGCUUACUUCAUUGAUAAAUUGUUGGUGUCUUGUGCUAAUUUAAGUAUUAUCAUUAGGCAUUUCAUCACUUUGUUGAUAGAAUUGCUGUUUGUGUGCUUUAUAAUGAAGAGACAGGACCAAAUGUUGUUUCUAUAUAACAUUUUGCACGAUUUAAGAACUUUAAGGGUGAUGGCAUUUGUACCUUUGCACAUCCUUAACUGCAUUUUAUUGUAUGAUUUCAUUUCGUAAUGCAGUAGACUCAUCAUGUUUGAUGGUUA